GUGGCAAUUUUUGGACAGCCUGAGUUUCUCGUACAUGGUCUUGGAAUCUCCGCCUACGGCGAGGGAGGGAGGGAGCGCCGAGUGGACUGAGCAACAGUCAAAUCCUGAAGGUGGCGUCUCUCAAAUUAAUUGAGAGAAAUGAGACGAAGCGCGAGCAUCCAUUCAUGGAAUUGUCUCUCCGUACUUCAAAUUCCUGGUGACAAUUUUUGCAGCCAGUCAAUCCCGUUUGAUUUGAUUCGGGAAAGCAUGAAAUUCGAGAGAAACUUGAAAGGAGGAAGACGAUGCCGGCGUCGAAAUUGAAGCUACUCGUUUUAGGCUUCUUCUUCUUUUGCACGACGAUCGGUUCGCGAGGGGAAUCUUCCACGUGUUUGACGGUUUAUAAAGAAGGAGGUGCGCCUGCAGUCUUCCGAUCGACGAAAUGCCCGCGCUGGAAUCUCCCAAAUCACGAUCCCCGACGGCGCUUCGCCUCGACCAGCACCAGCGUCCGUUGCCAAUCGGCAAUGCUUCAGGGUCGACGGAAGUCCCAAGAAGAUCGCACUCUUUGCGCUCUCGACCUUCGCAUUCCCUUCCCCGGAAAAACGAGGCCCAAGGAAGUCACGGUUGGAAUUGUGGCAGUUUUUGAUGGACAUAAUGGUGCUGAAGCUAGUGAGAUGGCCUCGAAACUUUUAUUGGAGUAUUUUGCACUGCAUACUUAUUUUCUUUUGGAUGCAACGUAUUCUGUUCUAUUGAAGAAACCCACAGGAAGGUUUCUUCAAGUGCUGAAUCGGGAUGAAGGCAUCAGUCAACAUGAGCUGAAUUUCGAAAGGUUCAAGUUUUCUUUACCAGAAAAUUUUGAUGAUUCUUUUCACUUAGAAAUCUUAAGGGAAGCAUUGCUGAAGACACUUCAUGAUAUUGAUGCGGCAUUCUCUAAGGAAGCAUCUAGAAGUAAUCUUGGUUCGGGUUCUACAGCCACAGUUGUACUAAUAGCAGAUGGUCACAUUUUAGUUGCCAACAUCGGCGAUUCAAAAGCAUUUUUGUGUACUGAAAAAUUUCACUCCCCAGCAGAGGCUAAAGCCAUUUUAAUAAGGUUAUAUAGGGAGCAAAGACGUAAUGGUCUUUUUUCAAGAGAUUUUGACAAAAAGUUGGCAUCCUCCAAUGGAUUGGCACGUUUUGUUGUUAAGGAAUUGACGCAAGAUCAUCAUCCAAAUAGAGAUGAUGAAAGAAUUCGAGUUGAAGCUGCUGGUGGUUAUGUUAUUGAGUGGGGUGGUGUGCCGCGAGUGAAUGGACAGUUGGCUAUUUCCCGAGCUAUUGGCGAUGUAUCUUAUAAAAGUUAUGGUGUUAUAUCUGCACCAGAGGUAACCGAUUGGCAACCUUUAAGUGUGAAUGAUAGCUAUCUGGUGGUUGCAUCUGAUGGCGUAUUUGAAAAACUGAGCUUGCUGGAUGUUUGUGAUAUACUUUGGGAAGAAAGCAGCCGCGAUAGGACGAGAUCAGGGCUUUCUUCCUCCUGCUUAUUUUCUUUGGCUGAUUGUUUGGUGAAUACUGCUUUCGAGAAGGGCAGUAUGGACAACAUGGCAGCUGUUCUGGUUCCUCUGGGAUCUAAUUAUAUUUAUCAGAACCAGCUUCCAGAGGGUUUUGCUUUGGAAGGAGAGUUGGAUAGUUCAAGUACUGGACUUCAAAGGUUAACGUAUGAGCUUUCAUGUUGAAGGGAAACAUGGCAGCUUUAGCUGCUUUUAUUUAGCUGAGAACCUUAACGAUAAAGUAGAUGACACUCCACGUGCUCAAAGGGAUGACAUGGAAGAUUAUGGGUAUCACCUACCUCAGGCUCUACC